AUGCCCGUACACACAGGUCAGUACAACCUUGUGAAGAUUGUGAACAACAACACAGCAACAACCCAUGUAGUGAAUAUCAGUGGCUCAGUGAACCAAACAUACACAAUCAGGAUAAAAGAUAAGCACAAUGAGAUCCGUGCUCAACAAAUAUUUACCCAAACUGCCUUUGAAAUACCAUUUGAAUGGUUAAGACCAUGCACUGUGUACAACGUCAGUGUGGAUGAAUGCACAUCCAAUGGAAGCAACACCUUUACGUCCAGUGAAAAUGGAGAAACUGUUCCAAAAACUGUUGUGAAAAGCUUAACAGAUAAUGAAGUGUGUCUGAAAGGAGAAUUCACUGAUGUUCAAUGGAAUCUGACCGAAUGUGUUAAAAUAACAGAGCAAAACUCUUGCACAUCCACACACACUGUUGUACUGGACACAUGCAACUACACAAUGAAUGCUGAUAUGCCUCCAGUCAAACCUGAAAUACGCUUCAAUCCAACUGUUCCCUCUCAGUUUGAAUGGACUAAUAAACCUGCACGAUGUGAUCCUGUGCUUAAAGUUGUUUGCACCCGUAGCAAUGGGAAAGAAACUUAUGAUUUAAAUGUAGCACAGUUUUUAUCACUCAAUGAACAGUACACCUGCACUGGAGAAUACCCUUAUCAGAAACGACUCAUCAAGAGUAAUUCACUGUCCUUUCAAAUACCAUGUGAUGGGCAAAAGAAUGGACGAUUUGAGCAGAGCAACAGCACCUCACUUGAAAUAUCCUGGAAUUCACUUGAGGGAGAUCAGUGCUCAGGGAUUAUAUGGGACAGUUUUUCAGCCAGCUGCAAAACCCGUGAUAGUGGUGGAAACCGUCAGUCGAGGAAUUGUAUAAAACACAGCGGCACUAGCACAAACUGCAUUAUUACAAACUUAUUUCCAUAUAAAAACUAUAUAUGCAGUAUUAAUGGAACAGUCAACAAAAGAGAUUAUGUAAUUUACACCGGUGAGAAAAAAACACUUUCUGACAAGCCCAUUUUCAAAUCAACUGAAAUUGAAGUGACUCACCCUGAUCACAAUGCUCUUGAAAUAAAAUGUGAUAAAAGGGAACCAAAGAUAAUCUGGAAUGGAGGAAAGGGAAAAUUCAAGGCUGAAAUCACAUACAAUCGAGAAACUAUCUCUAAAACCCACGACACAUGCUCGUUUACAUUUUCAGAUCUUUACUAUCUUACAACAUAUGAUGUGAAGAUUACAGCCACCAAUACAGAUGGACAUUCAGCUUUCAUUAAACGUGAAGCUGCUACUAAAUGUAUCACAGAAAGCCCAUGUCAGUACAACCUUAUGAAGAUCGUGAACAACAACACAGCAACAACCCAUGUGGUGAAUAUCAUCGACUCUGAGAACCAAACAUACACAAUCAGGAUAAAAGAUAAGCACAAUGAGAUCCGUGCCCAACAAAUAUUUACCCAAACUGCCUUUGAAAUACCGUUUGAAUGGUUAAGACCAUGCACUGUGUACAACGUCAGUGUGGAUGAACACACAUCCAAUAGAAGCAACACCUUUACAUCCAGUGAAAAUAGAGAAACUGUUCCAAAAACUGUUGUGGAAACCUUAACAGAUAAUGAAGUGUGUCUGAAAGGAGAAUUCACUGAUGUUCAAUGGAAUCUGACCGAAUGUGUUAAAAUAACAGAGCAAAACUCUUGCACAUCCACACACACUGUUGUACUGGACACAUGUAACUACACAAUGAAUGUUGAUAUGCCUCCAGUCAAACCUGAAAUACGCUUCAAUCCAACUGUUCCCUCUCAGUUUGAAUGGACUAAUAAACCAGCACAAUGUAAUCCUGUGCUUAAAGUCAUUUGCACCCAUGGCAAUGGGAAAGAAACUUAUGGUUUAAAUGUAGCACAGUUUUUAUCACUCAAUGAACAGUACACCUGCAUUGGAGAAUACCCUUAUCAGAAACGACUCAUCAAGAGUAAUUCACUGUCCUUUCAAAUACCAUGUG